AUGGUGGUGGAUUCAUUGUCGCCACGAAUGAUCAGCAACCUUCGAGAAAGUGUAGCGAAAUUGGUAUCAGAUGGAUUUUUUGAAGAGGAAUGCUUAGACGUGUACAGUAGUUGGCGGAGGGAGUUUCUGAAAGAGAGUUUAUUGACAUUAGGGUUGCAAGAUCAAGAGCUCAACAUGGAGGACAUUAACAAGACUGAGAAGAUUGAGAGGUUGAUAAAAGCUAUGAACAUAGCUUGGAGGAUACUUUUUCCCAAUGAGAGGACACUCUUCAAUCGUGUUACCGGCUCCAUUCCCUCUAGGCAGUUUCGUUUCAGGGAAAUUUGCACAGAAUUGACAACUAGUCUGCUGAACUCUGCCCUUGCCUUGGAAACUUGGAGUCAUUUCUUGCGCAACACAUUGAAGGAGUUGAUACAAGAGUUUGAAUCAUGGAGAUUCACAAAUAUUGUAGCGCAGCUGGUAAGGCAGAGAUUGUCCAUUUAUGAGGCUUUCGAAGAUGUAUCAGCCAUUCCCGGUGGCGGGAUUCAUCCGAUUACCCUUGAAGUGAUGAUGUACUGUAUUAAUUCUAAACUUGGACAGGGUUUAAAAGAUAAAACGAUUUCACCUGUGUGGAUGGACAGGAUGCCAGAGCUUUUAGAGAGCAGUUUGGAAGCCAACUCCAAAAAUUACAAAAACCCUUUGGGUUAUGUUUUCGUCCUGAACAACCGGAGAUUCAUAGAAGUACAGGCAAAACUAAAUGGACUGGGACUUUUUUUUGGAGAUGACUGGCUCCACAAAAAUACAACAAAACUCCAACAAAACCUUGAACUCUAUCUAAGAAGCUCGUGGAAUAAGGUUGUAGACUUUUUGAAGGUAGACAUCAAUCAACUGGAGCCUAGUGUUGCGACCGAGUUGAUGAAAGACAACCUUUAUUGGUUUUACGAACACUUUGAUGAGACAUGCAACAUUCAGUCUUCAUGGUUUGUCUGUGAUGAGGAGUUAAGGGAACAAAUAAUAAAAUCCGUAGAAAACAUCCUGUUGCCAGCUUAUGGAAGUUUCCUUGGCACAUUUGAGGAAUUUCUUGGGAAGCAUGCUUAUGAUUACAUUAAGUAUGGAUUGUUUGAGGUUCAAGAUCAACUCAGCAACUUGUUUCUUCUAAAAGGUAGUGAAUCUUUAGCUGGAAGAAAAGGAAAGGUUAAGCUAGUCAAAUAUAAAGAACUGUAA